ACCAACCAGUAAGCAACUUGAACAUUUCCGAGUUUCCUAGUUCCGACUAGCAUAUGAACGCGGCAUAAGAACGGGUUGUCCCUCUCGGUUCGCCUCAUCUUCUCUGGCAAGUACUCAAUCAGGCCAGGGAAAGAUGGCGACCCGAGUCCUUCAGAAUGUGGGAAACUGCCUAAAACAGACGAGAAAUGGAGUCCGGACGAACGGACAAGUCAUACUUUCAAUCAGGAGUCUAUCAGCAUCCACCAAUAGGAACCGUGAGGACAGCUGGUUCAAGUCUCUGUUCGUCAGGAAGGUCGACCCCAGAAAGGAUGCCCACUCUCAACUACUGGCUAAGAAGGAAGACACCAACCUCUACAAAAUACAGUUUCACAACGUCAAGCCCGAGUGCCUUGAUGCUUACAACAAACUUUGUGAGGAGGUUCUGCCCUCCAUCAACGCUGACUCUCACUACCCCUGUGAGCUGCUUGGCACCUGGAACACAUGGUAUGGAGAGCAGGACCAGGCAGUUCACCUGUGGAGAUAUCGGGGAGGCUACCCAGCCCUGACAGAGGUCAUGAACAAACUCCGGCAAAAUAAGGAGUUCAUGGAGUACAGGAAUGAGCGGGGGAAGAUGUUGCUGUCUCGUCGUAACCAGCUGCUGCUGGAGUUCAGCUUCUGGAACGAGCCCACCCCCCGCCCAGGACCCAACAUCUAUGAGCUCCGCUCAUACCAACUCAGGCCUGGAACUAUGAUUGAGUGGGGAAACUACUGGGCUCGGGCCAUAGAGUUCCGGCAGCAGAACAGUGAGGCUGUGGGAGGGUUCUUCUCGCAGAUCGGCAGCCUCUACAUGGUGCAUCACCUCUGGGCCUACAAAGACCUCCAGUCGAGAGAAGACACCAGAAACGCAGCUUGGCAACAUGACGGCUGGGAUGAGGUUGUCUAUUACACAGUUCCGCUGAUUCAGCACAUGGAGUCCAGAAUAAUGAUCCCCAUGAAGACCUCCCCUCUGAAGUAAGACCUCCCCUCUGAAGUAACCCCUACCCCUGCCAGCACCCAGGGGAGAUCCCGACUACCAAGCCCACCACCACACUGAUACAUAGAGAACGUAACUGACCAACAGAGUGUGCUCUCACUGUACUUCCAGGAGUUUCAGCAAUGACAUCCACAUGCUUGAGACUUCUGGUUUCACUUUGAUAUCCUUUUUGUUUUUGUCUUUCCUGUGUGGGCAUAAAAUGUCUUCGGUUAAAAACAGUCAAAAUGACAUGCGUACAGAAUGUAGAUAGUAGGGCUUUGACCAGACGUGGAGAUUUUAUCAUUAAUUGUAAAUGACUAGUUGGACUGUGACUGUCCCAUACUGCUAGACAGGGGGACGGGAUAGGAACGGUUUGUCAAUGUAUUAAAUGUGAAAUGCAGUGCUUUAUUAAGAUUAGUUGUACAUAUUGAAUUAAACUUCUGAUGAAAGAUAA